AUGGCCAGCCAGUCCCAGGGGAUCCACCAGCUCCUUCAGGCAGAGAAAAGGGCCAAGGACAAGCUGGAGGACGCCAAGAAAAGAAAAGUCAAGCGAAUAAAACAGGCUAAGGAUGAGGCGAUGGCGGAGGCCGACCAGUACAGGAUGCUCAGAGACAAGCAGUUCCAGCUGACACAGUCCAAGAUAAUGGGCUCUCAGAGUCAUCUCUCCGAUGAAAUAGACAAGCAGACGCUGGAGAAGAUAAAAGAAUUGAACGGAAGCUACAAUGCGUGCGUGGAAAGUGUAUUAACACAAGUUUUGAACAUGGUCUGUGACGUGAAACCGGAAAUCCACGUCAACUUCAGAGCCACCAAUUAAGCAUGUUCCCUCUCGUUCGGUAAAGUGUGUAUGCAUGUCA